AUGCCCCGUCUGGAGGCACAGGUGUCCUCCAGGCUGGAGCGCUUGACCGAGACGGCGAAGAAGAAGCGGAUCGACCCCGACAGGCUCCUUUGGGCCUUCGACUUGGUCUCCACACGUGCCGUGGGCGCAGAGAUCAACGCCUGCGCGCUGAUCCCGGGCGUGGACUUGGCGAACCACAGCCCUAGACCCAACGCAGACCUCAGCGUGGCAGGCAGUCCAGGGCACCGCACGGGGCGCGCGACGGUGCUCCAUGGAAAGGUCUGGGAGCACGGCUCGGCGGGCCUCGUCGCCGCGCGAGACCUGAACGCCGGCGAGGCUGUCCGUAUUUCCUAUGGCAAAUAUCCGAACCAGCGCUUCUUGCUGGACUAUGGUUUCAGCCUUGGCGACGACAACCCCCUGGGGGACGAAGAGAAGGUACCGAAGGAGGCGAACGCCGACCGGAUCGAGCUCCAGGGUUUCUUUGAGUUCAACCCUGAGCAUGUUCCGAGGCAGCUGCUCCUGGACGUGCAUCUGGGAGCGCCGGAUCUGGCCGAGCGGCUGGGUGGUGCGGUUGACUCCGGCUCAGUGGCUCCGGUCCGGCAGUUGCGACUCGGUGAUCGUCCCUCCCGUUCGAGAGACACCGCCGCGACGCUGGAGCGGCUGCCGCCGUCCGGGCGGCGGAGGCCGAGCCUCGAGAACGCCUACAGCUCCCCAUCGCCUGCACCUGCACCGCCCACACCACAGGGCGCUGGCGACGUGUCGCAACUUCAGGAGUGGCGCUCGAUCCGUGGAGCGGCACUCGAUCCGACGCCCUGUCUCACGCGCUUUGUGGUGUCGAAGGCAGCAAAGAGCGGAGGGACGGUCUCGGAUCUGGACGGUGAGAUCGCUGCUACACUGGAGGCCUUCGAAGUGCCAACCAUGAACACAGAGGAGCCGUAUGGAGCCCGGCGGCAUCCGGUGGAGGUGAUGGAAGUGAUGGAAGUGAUGGUCGAUCGUGAUGGUUUUGUGCUGAGAAGAUGGAUCGGACCGCCACAGGAGACUCUGGAGAUCCUAGAUGCGUUUGGGAUCGCGAGGCAGUGUCUUUGCAAAAGCGGUGUGUACCGCUUGCUGGCUCAUGGAGGAGCGGGUGAAUCAGUAGCGCGUGAAGAACGUCGUGGCACCUACCACUUUGACGUGUCCACUGGGAAGCUGACCGAAGCAGACGAGACGAUGGGUUAUUUCUCGGCCGAGCACUUGGAGAUUGAGACGCCCCUCAUGUUGGAGAGGGCUGCGGAUGCGCACUUGCCGGUGGUUUCUAUCAUGAGCAGUGAGGUCAUGGUGGAGAUCCAAAAGCCUGAACACGCCGGAGCCUUUAUUGUGAUCCCCUCGCAGUUCAAUGGAGUGGAGUUCCCUUCUCAUUGCUCGGUGGUGGAGAGUGUGGAGGAGUAUAAGUACGACCACACAGGCGGACCCUGCGCACAGCUAGCGGUGCAUCCGGGCAUUGCGCAGUUCUUGUUGGACAAUGCCGCAACAGAUAGGCGUUUCGGCGGCCUUGAUGCUACUCGGGAGCUGGUAAGAAUGGUCAACUCAUCGCUUGAGGAGCAUGGACUUCGAAGCAAGAAGCAGAUGUUUCAAGUCUUGAAUGGCUAUUUAAAGAUGCCAGUUCCUGACAGCGAUGCAGUGGCCUCCUUGGUGCUGUCAGCGUUGCAGCAGCACCUCUCUGAGCUGCGACUCCCUUGCACCCGCUCGGCGGUCGCUUGCGGCCUGCAGCCCUGCAAGACCAAGUUCUCGGGUGAAACUCAUCGGGUGAAUUUGGUCUAUGCCUCGGCGGUUCCGGUGAAUGCCUACGUGAACGGCAUCGGAGCAGUGCAGAAAGGCUUCGGGGAUGAACAGCUCCACUCCUUCCAACGCUCUCUGGCCGAGCUCUUUCUGGUCGCGCAGUACUUGGGGGCUUUGCAGCUUGCGGCGAAGGAUGCGGUGGCAAAGGAGCAGCAAUCGAAAGGCUCCAAGAGCAAAGUCCUCUUGAUGCCUUUAGGCGGCGGGGUCUUCAAGAACUCCUGGGAGUCCAUUGUGAAAAGCAUCGCACUGGCAGUGGAGCUUUGCAAGGACUUGGAACUCCUGGACAUCCAUGUCUUGGCGCCUGAGCAGAGCGAGAUCUCGGAUCGAGCCAAGAGCAGUGGCUCCUUUUUCAGGUAA